AUGAAAAAUACUCCGGCCUGGUAUGAACACCUGUCCUGUUCAUACUGCUAUCAAGAGGAUCCAAGUAAGAGUGCCCAGGCUUAAAAAGUGGCCCACCGUUCUUAUGUACAUUGUAUGAACAGAAGCCCCUAUCCGAUAGGGUUUUCGUGUUGGCCCAUUAGAGCUAUCCGGCAGGGUGUGCACAAAGUCUUAACCUCUAUUUAAAGUAGAUAUAUGCGCAGAUUCCAGAGAAACAAGGACCUUUUACGUGACCCUGUUCAGUUGUUGUUUUCCUUUCUUUUUACAUGUUAUUUUAGGGCGACACCUUUUAAAUAAGAAAAUGGCACUAUAUAUUUAGCCACCCAAGGCCAAGGGCUUUUCAUUCGGGUCUCGUCUCCGAGUGAAUUCGGCCGUUCGCCUAGGAUUCGUCGCCGAAUUAGGUGUCCAUUUCGUACGCGGUUGCUGCCAUUUUUAAGACACUUAAGCCCCGUCCACACACGUAUCUGGAUAUUUUUGAAUUCGCAACUUUUUCUUUCCGGAUUCAAAAAUUCCAACGUCCAAACGUAUCCUUAUUCAAAUCGGGUUUGCCCGUCUACAGUAUCCGACGAUCUGACACGUAUCGGGAUUCACUCUAGUACCCAGGACUUGACAACAGAGCAUGCGUCGUAAAGCGCGCGAAAUUUACAUCUUGCCCUGCCUUGAGAGAACCUAGGGAAUGAGGUUGCCAUCUUGAAUGCAGUGUCUGCGGUAAGAACUGGGCUCGAUCUUGUUACGUCACCGGUUAAAAGAAUAUUUGGAUUAAACGUCCACACGAUUCCAGAUUCGUAGCGUAUUAAAAUUUCUUCUCUGGAGAACAAAUUCAAAAAGUUGCCGAUUCAUACGCAGGAUUCAACGGAUACGUGAGGACGGAAGCCAAAUCCAAAAAGACUGAAGUUGAGGAUCAAAAAUCUCCGGAUACCUGCGGACGAGGCCUUAGCAAAUUUUUGACCUGUUAUUGAGAGAAAAUUACAACCCAGGAUCAAACUUCCACCUCGAACACGGACCUUUCGUAUCCUAAUCUCUCUCUCUUGCCACUACACUACCACAUGCACCGACCCGCCAAAAUUCCGAAAAAUUUAAGGAAAUACACUAGCAAACUGUCUUUCCUAACUGUUACAUCAAUAACAAGAGACCCUACCCCUUUCCGUGACUUUUAACGAAAAUUCAACUUGGGAUUCAACGUCGUUCUUUAUAACCGCUAUUCGAAAACGUAUUUAUUGCCUUAUUGUUACUUAAUCCGGGAAAUAUACCGCAUCUAUCAUGGUUAAAGGCUUGGUUACUAAUGGUGGCAGCGACCGUUAAAAAUGGCAAAGACCAUUUAAGGGAAAUAGGCGUCGCUGAAUGACACUGAGCUAUAAAUGGCCUAGGGACUUAUGACUCUUCCAAGACUAACCCACCUUUAAAUGCAACCUCAUUCCGAGGUUCUCUCUCCUACCCGUCUCUGUCUCUCUCUCCCUCUCUCGCUCCUUAGGGACGGGUAGGAGAAAACCCUGGGAACGAAGUUGCUUUUAAUUAAGGGUAUUUUUAAAUGCACUUCAGUAUUUUGUGGAUUUAUUUUUCAGGCGUUUGUUUGAAAUGUUACUUCUGCAAUCCCUUCAAGGCAAUCAGUGAAGGAAAAUCUUUCACUCCUCAGCAAUGCGAGCAAAAUCAAACGGAACUUACUUGUCAAGCUCCAUAUGACAGGUGUAUCAAGGCGCAUCAAAAAAAAAAACAUCAAGAUGGCAGCGUUAUUGAAUAUGAAUUUAGAAGCUGUGCCAAUAUAUUUACUUGUGAUCAGUUCCAGACAAGUCUUGAACAGGCGCAGCUGAAUGGUUGGGACACAAGCACUGCGUGUUGUCUCACGGAACUUUGUAAUUCUGCAUUUCAGCAGAAUAUGUGGAAAACCUGGUGGAUGGUCAGCUUUUGUCUUUGCUGGACUUUGAUGAAGAUAUAG